AAUGGCUACCACCCUCAAUGACCUUAUUCCAAUUGAGAAGGAAAACAUCAUCAUGGUGAAGCCUUCACAACCCACUCCUUCUCCUCUUCUCUCCCUCUCCACCAUUGACAAUGAUCCUAACCUUGAACUCAUAUGCCAAACCAUCUAUGUCUAUAAAUCUAAUGAAACUAAGCUUGAUCCAACCUCCAUCAUCAAACAAGGCCUUGAAAAAUCUCUAGUUGAGUUCUAUCCCUUAGCAGGGAGACUCAAGAGAUACAGUGAAGAUAACAAGCUUAAAGUCAAGUGCAAUGGAGAAGGAGUUCCAUUUUUAAGUGCAACAACAACAUGCACACUCUCUUCACUUAACUACUUUUAUGAUGUAAGUGUUGAUAUUGCAAAGAAGUUUGUUCUUCAGUUUGAGUCUCAAAGUGAGGAUGGAAUUCAUCCUUUAAUGUUCCAAGUGACAAGGUUUUCAUGUGGAGGUUUUACAGUAGGGAUGGGGUUAUCCCAUUCCAUCUGUGAUGGCUUUGGAGCUUCUCAGUUUUUCCGGGGAGUGGCCGAGCUCGCCGCCGGCAAGUUAGAGCUCUCGGUGAAGCCAGUGUGGGAGAGGGAGAGGCUUUUGGCCAACCCAAAUGAAGAACCACUCCAUUUCCCUUAUUCUAAGGAUUCACUAGCAUGUUCUCCUCACUUACCAUGCAAUGAUCUCUUGCAUGCAAGCUUUGAUGUUAAGGCUGACAGCAUUCAAAAACUUAAGCUUGAACUUAGCUCUGAUACUAUAAAACUUGGCUCUGAUACCAUUACUACAUUGGAGGCCCUUGGUGGGUUUGUUUGGAGGGCAAGGAUUAGAGCCUUGGAGAUGAACUCAGAUGGAAAGGUGCAAUUCUCAUUGGCCAUAGGAAUGAGGAACCUUUUGGACCCUGCCCUUAAUAAAGGAUACUAUGGCAAUGCCUUCAUUGGUUCUCAUGUAUUCAUGGAUGGGAAGGAGCUUUGUGAAGGGCCACUAUCAAGAGUUGCAUGGCUUAUUAAGGAGAGCAAGAGGAGAGCAAUGAGGAAGGAAUACUUGGGACCAUAUUUGGGAAUGAUGGAGAGAUUCAAUCAAGAAAACAAGAAGGUUGAGGCCAGUGGAGCUGCUACUGUAUUAACUGAUUGGAGGCAUAUGGGGCUAUCAGGCGUCGAUUUCGGGUGGAACAACUCGGUGAACGUUGUUCCGGUGCCGUGGAGAAUGUUCGGACAUGUCGACCUUGUGGUCUUUAUGCCGCCAUUUGGUUUGGAUCCGGCAAUGAAGGGCGGAGUUAGGGUUUUAGUUUGUCUUCCUAGGGUUGCCAUGGCCAAGUUCAAGGAGGAGAUGGCUACUCUUUCAACUGUCGUCUGAAGCUCAAUGGAUGCAUGCAAUAAUAUGUUGUUAUUGUGUUAACUUUGCCUUUGUUUUCUUAUUAGUGAUAAAUGUCUUUUUAACAAGAGUUAUAUCAA